AUGGCUGAGGGUGAUGAUAUACAGACCCUCACUUCCAUCAUGGAUGCACUGGUCCGCAUCAGUCUCUGCAGGAGGAAAACAGGGGAGAGAGACAGAGGGCUGGGAAAAUCUGAGAGAGGCAGGGCCCUGCCAAGAUAUGCCCAAGUGUCCAAGCUCUGACCCUCGCUCCUGGUCCUUCCACAGACGAGCAUGAAGAACAUGGAGAAAGAACUGCUGUGCCCAGUGUGUCAAGAGAUGUACAAGCAGCCCCUGGUGUUGCCCUGUACCCACAACGUAUGCCAGGCCUGUGCCCGGGAGGUGCUAGGCCAGCAGGGCUACAUAGGCCACGGUGGGGACCCCAACUCCGAGCCUACCUCUCCUGCUUCCACCCCUUCCACCCGCAGCCCCCGCCUUUCCCGAAGAACUCUCCCCAAGUCAGACCGUCUGGACCGACUGCUUAAGUCAGGCUUUGGGACAUACCCCGGGCGAAAACGAGGCGCUUUGCACCCCCAGGUGAUCAUGUUCCCGUGCCCAGCCUGCCAGGGUGAUGUGGAGCUAGGGGAGCGGGGCCUGGCGGGACUUUUCCGGAACCUGACUCUGGAGCGUGUGGUGGAGCGGUACCGCCAGAGUGUGAGCGUAGGUGGUGCCAUCCUGUGCCAGCUGUGCAAGCCCCCUCCACUCGAGGCCACCAAGGGCUGCACCGAGUGCCGCGCCACCUUCUGCAACGAGUGCUUCAAGCUCUUUCACCCCUGGGGCACCCAGAAGGCCCAGCAUGAGCCCACCCUGCCCACCCUCUCCUUCCGUCCCAAGGGCCUGAUGUGCCCAGACCACAAGGAAGAGGUGACCCACUACUGCAAGACAUGCCAGCGGCUAGUAUGCCAACUCUGCCGCGUGCGGCGCACCCACAGCGGGCACAAGAUCACACCAGUGCUCAGUGCCUACCAGGCCCUCAAGGACAAGCUGACAAAGAGCCUGACAUACAUCCUGGGAAACCAGGACACGGUGCAGACCCAGAUCUGUGAGCUGGAGGAGACCGUGAGGCACACUGAGGUGAGCGGUCAGCAGGCCAGGGAAGAGGUGUCCCAGUUGGUGCGAGGGCUGGGGGCUGUGCUGGAGGAGAAGAGGGCAUCACUGCUUCAGGCCAUUGAGGAAUGCCAGCAGGAGCGGCUGGCCCGGCUCAGUGUUCAGAUCCAGGAGCACCGGAGCCUGCUGGAUGGCUCAGGUCUGGUGGGCUAUGCUCAGGAGGUACUUAAGGAAACGGACCAACCUUGCUUUGUGCAAGCGGCCAAGCAGCUGCAUAACAGGAUUGCCCGAGCGACUGAGGCCCUCCAGACGUUCCGGCCAGCUGCCAGCUCCUCCUUCCGCCAUUGCCAGCUGGAUGUAGGACGGGAGAUGAAGCUGCUGACAGAGCUUAACUUCCUGCGAGUGCCCGAGGCUCCUGUCAUUGACACCCAGCGCACCUUUGCCUACGACCAGAUCUUCCUGUGCUGGCGGCUGCCCCCGCACUCGCCACCUGCCUGGCACUACACCAUUGAGUUCCGGCGCACAGAUGUGCCUGCCCAGCCAGGCCCUGCCCGCUGGCAGCGGCGGGAGGAGGUGAGGGGCACCAGUGCCCUGCUGGAGAACCCUGACACAGGCUCUGUGUACGUGCUGCGUGUCCGUGGCUGCAACAAGGCCGGCUACGGCGAGUACAGCGAAGACGUGCACCUGCACACGCCCCCAGCACCUGUCCUGCACUUCUUCCUUGAUGGCCGCUGGGGCGCGAGCCGGGAGCGGCUGGCUAUCAGCAAGGACCAGCGAGCAGUGCGGAGUGUCCCAGGGCUGCCCCUGCUGCUGGCUGCUGAUCGGCUGCUGACUGGCUGCCACCUGAGUGUGGAUGUGGUCCUGGGUGAUGUGGCUGUGACCCAGGGCCGCAGCUACUGGGCCUGCGCCGUGGACCCAGCCUCCUACUUGGUCAAGGUGGGCGUCGGGCUGGAGAGCAAGCUUCAGGAAAGUUUCCAGGGCGCCCCUGAUGUGAUCAGCCCCAGGUACGACCCAGACAGUGGGCAUGACAGUGGUGCCGAAGAUGCCACAGUGGAGGCGUCGCCACCCUUCGCCUUCCUGACCAUCGGCAUGGGCAAGAUCCUGCUGGGGUCCGGGGCCAGCUCGAAUGCCGGGCUGACAGGGAGGGACGGCCCGGCAGCCAGCUGCACAGUGCCCCUGCCGCCCCGCCUGGGAAUCUGCCUGGACUACGAGAGGGGCCGGGUUUCCUUCCUGGAUGCUGUGUCCUUCCGCGGGCUCUUGGAGUGCCCCCUGGACUGCUCGGGGCCUGUGUGUCCUGCCUUUUGCUUCAUUGGGGGUGGCGCAGUACAGCUACAGGAGCCUGUGGGCACUAAGCCAGAGAGGAAGGUCACCAUUGGAGGCUUUGCUAAGCUGGACUGACCUUUCCAGGCCCCUCUUCUGGAGUUGGGCCCCUCCUGCACCCUGGCUCCCCAAGCCUCCUGGUGCCGGGUCAUUCCCCCGGCAGUUUCUCCCCUAAACGUCCUGCCACAUGGUCUUGCCCCAUACCCUGUGUCUGUGUCUCCCCAGGAUCUUCUCUGGAACAAGAGGCUCUCCUCUGUGCACCUCUCUGAAGGCUCCCAUUCUCUCCAUUGCCUGUUAGCCCAGGCCCCCCCCCAAUCUCUGCCCCAUGCCCUGUUCUUGGCAUCUUAUCCAGAGUCAUGGAGAGAGUCCCUACCCCAUCCCUGUUCUGUGCUCCUCCCAGGCUGAUUGGGAGGGAGGGCACCUGGAACAUUGGGCAUGAUCUCCAGCCCCACCCUCCGCUCUGUCAAGCUCCCUGCCCCAUGGAUGCUGAACUACACACAGCCUUGGGGUAGGCAGGCUUUUGGGCUGGACACUGCCCAGGCGCUCCCUGGUGAAGGGAAGGGGACCCUGCCAUUCUGCUUUGUUUGGGUCCUCAUGCCUCCAGCCGCAUGCCCUGUAUGACCUUCCUGUCCUUCUUGCAUGCUUUACUUGUCCUCCACUCAUGCCAAUGUGCCAAGUGUCCUUUGGGGCCCCAGCUGAGGCUAGAUGUCCCCAUUGGGUUGGGCCAGGCAAGGCCUCUGGUGCCCGCUGCUGCCCCCUGCGGUGGGCACUGCUAGGCCUGUGCCAAGCAACAGCUGUUAUU